CCAAUUACCCUGGAUGUCCUCAAUGACAUUGGGUGCCUCUUUCCUGCUGCGAAGCUCUAUAAAUGGGGACACUUGGUGCAGGUACCUGCAGAGGACAGAGACAUCGGCUGGAGAACAUCUCGCACCCAAGAGCUUGGUCAGUUAUCAGGACCAAAGAUGUUGACGUUCUGGGCUGGGUUCCUCCUCUGCAGCCUGUUGACCCCUGGAAUCAUGUCCGCAGUUGUCAAAGUGGAUGUGGAUGAUACUACACACUCACUAGCCAAACGUGACCUCCAGAAGCUUCCACGUAAUCUCCUUGGUGGCAAUCUGCUUGGUGGUCUCCUUGGCGGAGAUGGUCCUGUUGGCGGUCUCCUUGGCAGAGAUGGCCCUGUUGGUGGUCUCCUUGGCAGAGAUGGCCCUGUUGGCGGUCUCCUUGGUGGAAAUGGUGUCCUUGGUGGUCUCCUUGGUGGAGAUGGCCUUCUUGGUGGUCUCCUUGGUAAAAAUGGUGUCCUUGGUGGUGUCCUUGACAAAGAUGGUAUCCUUGGUGGUGUCACAGGCAAAGAUGGUGUCAUUGACGGUCUCCUUGGCAAAGAUGGUCUCAUUGACGGUCUCCUUGGCAAAGAUGGUGUCGUUGACGGUCUCCUUGGAAAAUAUGGUCUUCUUCAUAGUCUUCUUAGUGCUGUGAUUGGGAAAAAUGGUCUGCUUGGCAAAAAUGGUCUCGUUGGUAAUCUUCUUGGUGGAAAUAAUGGAGAUGCACGAGGGCUGAGAAUUGUGAGCAACACCCUCCCCAAAAUCAGCCUGCGCUCCGUGCCAGGCUUGGGGCAGCAGGUGGGCUACAGCACCCAGCUGCUGGUGGAGAGCACCAGCGCGCCAGGCAGGACACUCUGCGUGCCAGUGGAAGCAGAUGUGGCCAUGCUGGUCCGGGACAACGGGGCAGCUCUCCAGAACAAUCAGGACUGCGAGACUUCUGACAUAACCAUUCGUGUGAGACCCCAAGUGCCACUUCCGGAUCAGCCUUUAAAGCGCUUCCUAAGUGAUGCCGUGCGCCAGGUGGCAUGUGACAUUGCCAGUGCCAGGCUCGGCAUGGUGGGCUCCUUGGUCAGCUCCAGGACCUCCGCGGUCCCACAGGGGACUCUGGACAAUCUGCCCCCCUUCUCCAUCCUCAGUGCUGACACCAUCCAGCUGGAUGUCAACCUUGGUGCUGGAGACGCGACAGGUGGUGUGGUGGCCCCAGCUGCGAUGCUGCUGUCCCGUGGCCACCUGCCGCGGCUGCGCCUGUCCCCGCAUGUCCUCGCUGCCCCGCUGGAGCAGCUCCAGGCUCAGGGAGCCCUUGAUGUCAGCAUCACCAGCAACAUGGUGCCUGAUGGCGUCUUGCUGUCCACGGCCGCCCUGCAGCCCAUCAUCCCCAAGCUCGCCAGGAUCCUGCCGGGCUCUCUGCCGCUGCAGCUGCAUGUGCGGGUGGGCAGCAAGCCCGUGGUGACCAUCAGGGACGGAAGAGCCACCACCACCCUCAAAGCCACCAUCGACGUGGUCAGCCCGGCCUUGCAGUCUGCGUCCCUCUUUUCCCUCGACACGGACAUUGUUCUGGACUUGACCCCGUCAGUCUCCAAUGGCAGACUGCAAACCUCCCUGGCCCUCAACAGCAUCAGCCCCACACGGGUGCCCACAGAACUUGGCCCUCUCAGGGUCUCCUCGCUUUCAGAGUGGAUCAAGGAAGUCCUUGGUGCCACAUACAUACCGGCCAUCCGGGAUGCCGUGGAAGUGUCAAUCCCUCUGCCCAACGUUCUCAGCUCCAGCCUGAGCAAUGUCCCAGUUGAUAUGGCCAAGGCAGAUGAUUCUCUUGAACAGGCCGCUCUGCAGGGCUCCUGCUCAAGGAACCCCUCAGCCCUGCUCGCCGGCUGAGGUGUCACCAGCCCCAUGGCCCCACUGCCCCUGCCAGCCCCAUCUUCAGUUUCUCUUGUGCAACGUCCUGUGCUGUCACCGUGUCCUCAGGGGGACAAGUGACUGGCUGGUUGGCUGCUCCUGGCAUCGGGGCAGGGGAAGCUGCUCGGCUGGGGGCGUGUGGGGGUCUGUGACCACUUUUAAAACCUGUAGUCAGGAAGCAGAGCUCUUCUUUAGGCAUAGAAGUUACUCUCGUAUUAUUCUUUCAAUAAAAUCUUUCUCUGCCUCAGUA